UCUCGGCUCGGUUUCAGUUGCAGACUCCACCUCGGCCCAGCUUUCGCGUGUUGCUCGUCACGCAAUUUUAAUCCUCGUCCUGGAAGAUGCCUAUAUAGGGAAGACAAGGAAAGAUCCCAGAUUUCGCCCAACCUACAGUUCCUCUCCAAAUUCCUCUCCUCCUCCCCCUACACAGCAGAUUCCCGGCGGCACCAUAGCCUAGCCGCCUCCUAUACAUAGACGCCAUCCUCGGAGUCGGAGGCGCACCUCGCCGCGCGCGCUAUAUUUCUCGGGAGGCCAUUCUGCCGCGUGCGUCCGUCCGUUCGUGCGUGAACGGUUGCGCCGCGCCUUCGGUGCCUGCCUGCACGAGGAGAGAGAGAGGGAACGAGAGGUUGCACGGCGGACUCGGAGUGGGGAGGGGUAAUUAGCGGAGGAUGAUGGGGUUCAGGAAGCAGAUGUCGUGGUCUUCAUCGGCGGCGGGGGCGCAGGCGGGGGCGCAGGCCGAUCAGCCGAUGUGCGACGCGGCGGCGGCCGUGGUGGCCGCGCGGCAGGGGAUGGAGACGCCGCUCACGGCCGUGGCCGAGGCCUUCGAGGAGCUGGCGCGCGGGAUGGAGGCCGACGGCGGGGAGCUGCGCCUCGCGCCCUUCGGGGACACCUGCGCGCUCGUAUCCGUCCUCUUCAACUCGCUCGGCAUCGCCUUCAAGUUCGCAGAGAGCGAGUACGUCACAAAGGUGAACGACCUCAUCGGCGCGUCCAAGGAGUACGCGACGCUGAACGACAUCCUGGACAAGGACGUGGAGCACGACUGCGUCAAGAAGCAGGGCAGCCAUUCCCGGAACCUGCGCAGGGUCCGACUCGGCCUGGGCCUCAUCAAGGCGCUCUUCGAGCAGUUCCUCGCAACAGAGGGCUCGUUGUAUGAGGCUGCAACGACAGCUUACGGCCAGGUCUGCGCGCCGUUUCAUAGCUGGGCAAUCAGGAAGGCGGUUGGUGCCGGGAUGUACACUCUGCCCACCAGGGAGCAGUUGAUACUGAGGCUCAACGAAACUGAUUGCUCUGUGCAGAAGGAGAUGAGGAGAUACAUCGAUGCUUCAAGUCCGAUUAUAGAGUACAUCGAUACCCUUUUCCUCUCUAGGAACAUUGUCCUAGAUUGGUGAAACUCAACUGAGGAUCAUAAUUCCGGCUCUCUUGACAAGCUGUUUA